CCCGAGAGGGGAUGCACCGCGCAUGCUCCUGGGCGGCCGUCCGCGCCAGCCGGGCUGCGGGCGUGAGGGGCGAGCGUCCGGAGCGGUCUGGUCGGUUGGUGAGUGUUCCCCGUCUGCAGUAACUCGUGCGCCCUGCCUCUGCUGCCCAGACCUAACAGAAGUGCGCCGUCCAUCGAGAAAAAGCUUUAACUGCAAGAAUUAUAAAUUAGGACUAUCCUCAAAGACAACAUUGAGUUUAACUGUUGGAGCCAGUUUUCUAAUACAGAAAGUUAAAUGGUUGUAAGAAGAAAGUAGAAAUAAAAGAGCCAUCAUGAAAAAGAUCUUAAAGAGAAGAAAAGAUACUAAAAAAAAGUUGGAAUUGAGAAGUUAUGAAAAAGUGUACAGAAUCCUGAGAAUGAUUUCAGAAGAGAGAGAUGCAGAAGAAGAAGUUAUAGAUGAAUAUCUCCAAAAAGAUUUACAUGCAGAAGAAAAUCGAAACAUAGUAAACACAUUGAGAGGCAAAGUAAGAGAAAAGUUUAAAAAUGCUAAGAUUAAUCAAGGUGAAAAAUCUUCAACUCACCACAUUGAUAAGACUAAAGUCUCAUCAGAUGAAGGUCUUUCAUUUUUCAUUCUGAAUGGUGAAGAAGGCUCAGCUUUGGACCAGUCUUCAGAGCAGAAAAUAGCAUCCCGACUCCAUAGCACUAGAUCAGUAAAUGAUAGUUACUCCAAACACUUUUCACUUGGUGCUAAUUUACAAAAUGUUCCUGAGAGCCAAGAUGAAGAUUUUAUGGAAAAAGUCAUUUUUACAGAUUUACUUGAAGUAAAAGCUGCUGAAUAUGAAGAUGCUCAAGAACAAAUAAAAAAACAGCAGGCAAAUAUUUUUGUGCCAAGUAGUUCUCCCGUGCACAGCCAGCAUAAAUUGCCAAAAGGAAUGUUACCACGCAUUUUAGAAGAUGAAGGGUUCUAUAUUCAGAGAAAGCCAGAAAUAUAUAAAAAAACCUGCAACAAAAUGGAAAAUCGGCUGCUUAAAUUAGAAAAGGGAAAGUGUUGGUUUGAAGAAAGUGGUGAAUUAAUGUCAUUACCUACACCUAUUAAACAGUCAUGGAGUUUCUUACUAAACAUAAGCAAGGAAUCUUUAAAUCCAGCACUAAAGACCACAUACAGGAAGGCAGUAAAAUAUGACCUAGGAAGCUCUUUUAGGGAAAAAAUGAAACAUCAAAGGGAAAUGUACCAAUUAGAUCUCAACAUUAUGGGUUUACAAUUCAGCCACCAUCAUCUCUUCAAUCAAGAACAAGUAUUAUGUGCUAGGCUGCUCCAACUUUAUGAAUAUUUUCAGGACAGGCAGCAACAGAAUUUACCUCAGCUGCUUUAUGAGAAGCUGAAAGCAUUGACAAAUGCUACCAAAUUAGCAAAUGAAAAUUUGGAAAUAAACCAGAUGACCAGAAAAUCCCUGCAAGAUUAUUAUUGGCAGAUAAGUAAUACUAAACAGCUAUAUGACUUAGAAAGGGAAAAGGACUUCUCCCUACUACGUAGUAUAAUACGGACUUGGAAACAGAUAAAAUUUCUUCGACAACGACAAGGGUUUACAAGCACCCCAAUAAAGUUACAGGUCCAGAGGAAUAAAUAUGAUGCACAAGAACAAGAGCAAAUGUCAGAAAUAUCUGAAACUGAGAAGAAAACUGAAGGAAAAGCAUUUAAUGAAGAAAAGCAGGAGAAACUGUCAUAUUUAGCUGCAGAAUUUAAAGAAAUAGAAAUUGAAAGAAUAAAGCCAAUUACUUUGAUGCCACAACUUUCCUUCACUGCAGAAUUAACAAACUUAUCCAAGUGUUCACUGCCUGAACAAAAGAGGAGAGCCAAAAUUCAGAAGCUUAAAUACUUUAUUAAAAUAUUUUACAAUAAUAAGCAAGUUUCUCGUACUUCAGUAUCUUCCCUACAGUUUGAUUUUAAAGUCAUGUUUCAGCAAAUUUUCAAUAUGCAGUUAUUAUAUUGGCCUGAAACAAUUUGCCUGAAGGUUUAUGAAGUAAGUAAAAGUACAAGCUUACUGGCAAAACUAUACUUGCCUUUACCUAACUACACAGAACUGAAAGGCAAAACUGUUUUGGAAUAUGUAGAGUUUAGCUCUGACAAGCCGGUCACACCUGAGGAUGGAGAAGUAGGAAGUAAUGUGCCUUUUAUUCUUGAGGGAAGUGGAACUGAAGAACUGUGUCUUUUGACGUCAGGAAAACUUAGCUAUUCUCUAUCAUGGGCCUUAGAUGAAAAUGGCAUUCCUCUGACACCUCUGUCCCAGUCAUCAAGAUCUGCUUACUGCAGUGUGUUAAGGAAUGUAAAUGCAAGGGGCGUUCCUGGAAUUCCGUGGCUCAAGGAUGCACAGAAGCUUUUAGAAUGGGCCAAUGAAGUCAGAAUUGAUCCAAAUAAUCCAGAAUAUUCUGAAUUAAUGGAAUUUAUUAUGUACAUGAGAUAUAAGGAGCAGGUUAUUCCAAAAUACUUCCGUCUUGACCAGUUGCAAGAUGAAUUUAACUUUGUUUCUGAAGAGGAGAUGAAAAAGAGUAAACGUUUCCAGCUAUUGCAGCUUAGAAAUGCAGGUCAAUUAGAUAUUUUCCUUCUGCAGCAAAUGCCUAUCUAUGAUAGAGAAAUUCCAGAUUCAGUCCUCCAGGAGUCUGAAAGUCAGAUUGAGAAGGAUAUAGCCCUUUCAGAUGUGAAUUCUAUUACUGCACAAAGGAUUAAUUCUGCCAAUUUUCUGAAAAAGAUGAGAAGAUUGAUAAUGAAAAGAAUUACCAAAAUUAGCAAAUUUAACUUGUCAGAUAUUGUGACUGAUUAUGAAGAAAUUGUAUCUACAAGCCAGUUGACAGAAGCAAUUUGUAAGUUUGUUGAACCACGAAGAAAGUUAAAGCCUCAAAGGAAAGAAAGGAAAAAAGUGACAGCACAGACUGUCUCUGAUGGAGAUAUUAAAAUUCUUAUCAGAAUAGUGAGUGCCUAUAAUAUUCCUACGAGGAAAACAAUAGUUAAUAGAGUCUUGGAUAUGCCUAAUUUUUUGAUGUCACCUAUAUCUUGCCUCAGAAAUAAAGAAACAGUCCAAUCAAUAGCCUCAGAUGAGAUCCUAAAUGAGGAAGCUGUACACCCUUUUGUGGAAGUGUCUUUUCAGCACACUGUAUACCAAACCAACACUGCAAGUGGAUCUCAUCCAUGCUGGAAUGAAGAAAUUAAAGUAGAUUUUAUCUCACCAGGACAUGAUUAUAGCUUCUCAAGCUUAUCUAAAAUAAAAGAUUAUAUAUAUAUUAACAUUUUUGAUGAAAUGAUGAUUGAAAAGCACGAGGUUCACUGUCUCAAGAGCUGUAGUGGUCAUUCAUAUAUAAGAAAGAAUUGGCUUGGAUCUAUCAUCUUCCCCUUUUCUGCUCUUCUGCAACAAUCAGAGAUUAGUGGGACAUUUCAAGUAAAUAUUCCACCAGUUUUGCUUGGGUAUACUUGGAGUAAGACUUAUGUAUCUCCUAAAGAAGAUUACAAUUGGCAGAAUUUAAAAGAAUGUACCUUCUUAAAUAUUUUUGCUACCAUUGAACCUCAAAUAGCAUACGUUACCUAUAAUCCAAAACCAGAUGAGUUUUCAGAUCAAAUAGAUGUUUUGCAAAGAGCACAGAUUUUUAAGAAAAAUUGCAAGGCAAUGUUUCCUAACCGAAGAAUCAUAACUACUGUAUUUAAUGAGGAAGGGAAACAGAUCUUAGUAACAAGAUAUAUCAAGGCAUUAAAUCCACCUCGGCAACUUCUGGAUAUAUUACUUCAUGAUUCCAGUGCAACACUUGACAUCAUUUCUCGAUUUGUAUCUUUGAUUCCUUUUAUGCCUGAUACACUGGAUGAAAAUGAUGGUUUUGAUAUAUGGCUGACAUCAGAGCGCUGCAUCAGUUUGGCUAUUGGAAAUAAGGAGGAGCAUGCCAUUCUUCUCUGUAAUUUCUUCCUGUAUUUGGGGAAGAAAGCGUUGGUCCUACUGGGAACCUCAGUGUUAGAAGGGCCCGUGGCUUAUGUAUUAACUCAAGAAACUGACGAACAUUUACUUUGGAAUCCAUCAACUGGGCAAUGUCAUAAGCAGUUUGACCCAUUUUGUCCCUUACAAAGUGUAGAUUGUUUGUUUGAUGAUAGAAAUGUCUGGUUUAAUAUUCAACAGAAUAAUAUACCAAUGGCUGUACACUUUGACUAUUCAAAGGAAAGUUUCUGGAAACAGUUACUUCCAAAUAAUUUUCAAGAGACAAAAGCACAAAGCAUACAGCCUGAAGAAAUAACUUAUACCGAUACUAAUAAAAGCAUGGUAGAAGAUCUAAAGAACAGGAUUGAAAGGACUCUAAAGUGUAAAAUGAUGGAAUGGCGACCUCAACACCCAACACGUUGGAAUCGACAAUGUUCUUCUAUUCUGCGACAAAUCCUUCCUAAACUAGAAGUUGGCAUAGGAAGCUUUGCUUCAUAUGAAAAAGAGAGUGAAUUUGAAAGACUACUACAACUUUAUUGGGUUGUAGGAUUUCCCAUCCAGAUGCCAUACACUGAUCUACAGUCAGUUAUUGAUGCCGUGUAUCAAACUGGAAUUCACUCUUCUGAAUUUCCCCAGACAGAAUUUGCAUUAGCUGUGUACAUUCACUCAUACCCAAGUAACAUAUUGUCUGUGUGGGUUUAUUUGGCUUCCUUAGCCCGAUAUAAAUGAAAAGGAAGAAGAGAGAAGGAAAAGAUUUUGGUGUCCUUGUGGGGUCUGGAAGAAAGGGAAAUAAGAAGGAAAAAAAUAUUAAAAAAGAAAUAAAAAGAAAAAAUAAUAAAAAUGUUUUAAAAAGGAAAAGAUUGUUCUAUAAAUCCCUAGACCAGGAGCAAACCAAACUUUCUGGUACCUUGGGAUUUUGCUGCUUAUUCUAAAUCCUAGCCAAGUGUUGAACCCAAUUUUUGAUUCAUUUAUCAAGUUGGGCAGUAUGGAAAUUUAAUCCCCUGAGUCUUUGAGGAUGAGUCUAGAUGACCUCCUCACCAGAAACCUCUUCAAGGAGGACCCUUUGGGAAGUCUGGCUGUCUUGGGUCACUGUCUACAGUGAAGCUUAUUCUGGGAAAGAAGCAAUUCUUGCCUUUCCCCCUAAGGCCAAUGUUUCUCAAAUUGUGGGCCUCAUACCACCUCCAUCAGAAUCAUCUGGAGAGCCUUGUUGAAAAUGUAGAUUCCCAUAUCCUACCCAAGACCUAUUAAACCAGAACCUCUGGGAGCAGAGCUCCAGAACCUGCAUUAUUUUCAACAAGCACCCCCAGAUAAUUCUGAUGCACUUUUAACAGGAAGAACCUAGACUUGUGAAAUGUUGUCAUUACAAAAGUAAGGCUGGUACAUUUGAUGCUGGCUCUGAUAUAAUUUCAGGUAGAUGUUACUCAAAUGGAAACCUAAGGUCAUUGCCUCUCAUAUAUAAAAGGUUAUUUCAUUGAGAAAGAAAAAAAGGAAAAUCUACCAUGUUGGGCUGAUACAUCAGCUUCUGGAGGCUCUCAAAAGUUUACACCUGAUGAAAGUUUGCUACUGAUGUGAAAUCUUUAUACCUCCAAGUAUUUGGAAGGGACUCCCAGGGAGCUCUAAUCUUAUCUAAUCUCUCCCAAUUCUGUGAGGGAGGAAAUGGUCUUGACAAAUCUCAGGACUCCUUUUUUCCUUAGCGAACAGCCUCUCCCUCUGCCCCUGGCACUUUUUGCUUUUUUUUUUCUUAGUGGUGGUUCAGCUAGAUCCUAGGAGCUCCUUAAGAAAAAGUGGACAAGGAUCUAAUUAGGAAGCACUAUACUUUCUUCUCGUUGAUUAUUUUGUCUUUACUGAGAAAAAUAUUUAUACAAUUUACUUAAAUGUGACAUAACUUAUUAUUUAAAAGAAAUAAUCAAGGGAUACAGAUUUCCAAAGGUUGACCAGAGCAGUUUUAUAUGACGUAAAGAUAAGAGAAAGAUAAUUCAUCUCUCCCAUGACAGAAGCAUUAGGGUUCCUUGGUUCACACUCACAAGCAGAGACAAGAGACCUCCAAAUUCAUAUCCAGGGAACCCCCAAUCUGCAUCCCUUACCCAAAUGUGCCUGUGCCAGAGAAGACCUCAUUUACUUGCAGUGAUGUUUAGACCAAGCUUGAGAUUACUAGAGAAAGCAAAGUGAGUGAAGGAAUGAUUUUUCCUCCCAGGUUAAAACCUAAUUGUGCAUGUCUUGCAUGCACUAGAAAACUAAUACGAAUUUUUAUUUGAAUAUUUGUGUUUAAAUGUUACAUGAAAUUUUGUUAUUAAACAAGUCAAAAUAAUGCUGAUGGAAAGAUGAAGUUUCCAAAGAAAUACUGAAUUCAUGUAGUUCACUUCUGUGGAGCUUUGGAUGUUUAUAUAGCUAUUUUAUUAGUUGUUUGUGGUUUUAGAAUUGAUAGGCCACUUAACAGUAAGGUAGCAAGUGUUCACAGGCAAGCACAGAGGACCUUUCCAUAUUGUAUGCAUUGUUUUUCCCUGAAAAUUGUGAAAUUAUAUGUAAUGAAUCAUUUUUAAUUUAAAC